AUGGGAGAUUAUGACGAAGAAACAGCUUUUUUGGGGCAAAAGGGUCCUUAUUUUUUGCUGACCUUCUUCUUUCUGAACGUGACCUUCAUCUCUACUGGAUUCAGUGGUUUGUCCUUUGUGUUUGCUGGGGCCUCUCCACUCCACCAGUGUAAAAUUCCAGAUGGGAAUCUGAGUGAGUCGUGGAGGGCGGCCAGUAUUCCUGUAGUGGAGGUGAACGGACAGAAGCAACAGAGUAAGUGUUGGAGGUACAGGCUGGAUGUGAUCAGAAACCUCUCUGCUCUGGGCUACAGCCCUCAGGAUAUAAACCUCACUGACAUUGAACAGGAGCGCUGUGUGGAUGGAUGGACCUACAGCAAGGAUAUCUACCAGUCCACUAUUGUCACUGAGUGGGAGCUCGUCUGUGGGGACGAGUGGAAAGUUCCGUUUGCCUCUUCGACAAUGUUCAUGGGCUACUUGUUUGGAUCUCUAGUCUCUGGACAGAUCUCUGACAGACUAGGGAGAAAGAAGGUGCUCUUCAUCUGCAUAUCCACGCAUUUCCUCUUCAUCCUUAUCCAGUCUUUUUCCUCCUCAUGGCUGAUUUUCUGUGUCUUAUAUUUUUUUGUGGGUGCAUCUCAAGUAGCCCAAUAUAUCACGGCAUUUGUCCUUGGAACCGAGAUAUUGACCAAAUCCUUGCGUGUGCUCUUCACGACUUUGGGGGCAUUUUUGCACUACUGCAUUGGCUACAUGCUGCUGCCACUCAUUGCCUUUGGCAUCAGGGACUGGAGAACGCUCCUCAGGGUCCUGUCUGGGAUCACUGUGAUCUACUUCCCGCUGUGGUGGUUCAUCCCAGAGUCUCCGCGAUGGCUGCUCUCUCAGGGAAGAGUGGAGGAGGCUGAAGCCAUACUGAGAGAUGCUGCCAAGAAAAACAAAGUCACAGCACCUGAGGUCAUUUUUAAAGAGCCAAAGGAUGAGAAUGAACUCGCGGAGAUGAAGAAAUUCAGUGUGCUUGAUGUCCUAAAGAACAGUACGCUACGGUGUUGUACUUUCAUGUGUUUGCUGUUGUGGAUGGCUGUCAAUAUUGGAUAUUUCGGAUUGUCUUUGAACACAUCCAAUCUGAUUGGCAAUCCAUUCCUCAACUGUUUCCUGUCAGCGGCGACCGAGGUCCCCGCCUACAUUGUGGGGACAUGGCUCCUGAAGCGCUGUCCGCGGAGAACCCUGCUCUCCGUGUUUCUCCUGACAGGAGGAGGAUUUCUUCUCCUAAUUCAAUUCAUUCCUGAGAAUCUGCAUUAUCUGGCCCUGGUGUGUGAGAUGGCUGGCAAAUUUGGCUUCACCAUCGGUUUUACUGUGGUGUAUAUCUACACGGCGGAGCUGUAUCCCACCGUGAUGAGGAACCUCGGAAUGGGACUCUGUUCCUCAGCCGCUCGCAUCGGCAGCAUCACGGCACCUUACCUUAUUUUUUUAGGAACCUUCAAUAAGUACCUGCCCUACAUUCUGAUGGGAAGUCUCACCAUGGGAUCUUCCAUCGUCAAUAUCUUCCUUCCAGAGACACUGGGCAGGGAGCUGCCGGAAACACUGGAACAAAUGCAGAAGUGCAAAGGGUCAGCAUGA